CCAUAUCUUCCUUGCACAGACAUCAUGUUGGCCCAUUUACUACAUUAUUUCUAUUUUUCCUAUAAUUAAAAUUAAUUUUCUCUCCUGCGAUCUACCGGUCAAGCCAAGAAAGAAGCCAAAUGUUGCAAUCGCUGGGUGGAAGACGGAGGACGAGGCUCGUCUCUCUCUCUCUCUCUCUCUCUCCCCUCGAUCCUUGACACCGAUCCAUUAAAACCCUCAUUGCCAAGGCGAAUUCCAUCGAAAUCCGCGCCAUGGAUUCCGAUUCCGUCGCCGCCGAUCGAAACCCUCACCAAUCUGCCUCUACGCCUGGCGCCCCACCUUCCCAGCUCGCGCAGAUGCGGUCUCUCACCUUGGAGGUCUCCAACGAUGCCGCGGGAGCCGAACAACCAGCUGGCAACAGAUCCCUGCCUGCGGAUUUCUACGAGACAGUGGAUGAGAUCGAGGUCACGGAGAAGGGGUCUCCUUUGGUUCGGGGUCUGGCUGGAUCUGCUUCUUGUGGCGAACCUGAAGACUGGAGGGAGAGAUCGGAAUUGGACGGCGGGGCGCUGCCUAGCCCCAGCAGUAGCGGCUAUGCUGGCGAGCCAGGGAGUAGUGGAGGGUCCAACGGGAUCGAGGAGGAGGCCGACGAUGGAGGAUCAUCGAUGCGGGGUGACUGGAGCCGCGGGAAGAGGCAUUUUGAUGAGGACGAUGCUUCGAUUUCAUGGAGAAACAGAAAGAAGCACUUUUUUAUUCUGAGCCACUCUGGUAAACCAAUAUAUUCUAGGUAUGGAGAUGAGCAUAAAUUAGCAGGGUUUUCAGCAACCUUGCAGGCUAUUAUUUCUUUUGUAGAAAAUGGUGGAGAUUGUAUCAAGUUUGUGAGAGCUGGAAAUCAUCAGGUCAUUUUUCUUGUGAAAGGUCCAAUAUAUUUAGUGUGCAUAAGCUGUACGGAAGAGCCAUACGAGGCUUUGAAAAGACAAUUAGAGCUUAUUUACAGUCAGUUGCUGCUUAUCUUGACAAAGUCUGUCGAUAGAUGUUUUGAGAAGAAUCCAAAGUUUGAUAUGACACCUCUGUUGAGUGGAACAGAUGAAGUUUUCUCAUCUCUGUGUCAUGCCUUCAGCUGGAAUCCUGCUACAUUUCUUCAUGCAUAUACAUGCCUUCCUCUUGCAUAUUCUACAAGGCAAGCUGCCAGUGCUAUUUUACAAGAUGUUGCUGAUUCAGGGGUUUUGUUUGCAUUGUUGAUGUGUAAGCACAAGGUUGUUAGUCUAAGUGGAGCUCAGAAGGCAUCUCUGCACCCUGAUGACAUGCUUUUGCUUUCCAAUUUUGUAAUUUCUACAGAAUCAUUCAGGACUUCUGAAUCAUUCUCACCUAUUUGCUUACCAAGAUACAAUCCAAUGGUGUUCCUUUAUGUUUAUGUCCAUUUUCUUGAUGUGCAUACAUGCUUGAUGUUACUUUCUACCAGUUCAGAUUCCUUCUAUCAUCUCAAAGACUGCAGGAUUCACAUUGAGACUGUGCUUGUGAAGUCAAAUGUUCUCUCUGAAGUUCAAAGAUCCUUGCUGCAUAGUGGUCUACAUGUUGAGGACCUCCCAGUUGAUUUUUCUCUUCGAUCUGGAUCUCUGCCUCAUCACAUAGCUAUGGAAAAGGCAAUACCUGAUAUUUCAUCUUCUCAUGUCGGCAUUGGUGGCCCUUCUGGACUUUGGCAUUUCAUAUAUAAGAGUGUCAACCUUGAUCAAUAUGUAUCAUCAGGGUUCUCCUCACCAUUAAGCAGUUCUGCUCGACGAAAAAGAUUAAUUAGGGCAUACCAGAAGCUGUAUUUUUCAAUGCAUGACAAACGAACUGGUCCGCAUAAAACACAGUUCAGACGAGAUGAAGAUUAUGUUCUCCUAUGCUGGAUCACUCAAGAUUUUGAACUUUAUGCAGCAUUUGAUCCACUGGCAGAGAAGGCUAUUGCAAUAAAGACGUGUAACAGAGUCUGUCAAUGGGUAAGAGACGUUGAAAACGAGAUCUUUUUGUUUGGAGCAGCCCCCUUCUCAUGGUGAUUCCUAACCAAUACAUACAUAUACUCCCCUCCGGGUUUGACCAACCGCAGGAUAAAAAGGUGAUCCAGCAUCACGACAAAAGAGGCUAUCAAUGGUCAAAGCACUUACGAGCGAGUAGGACCUAUCUGUUUUAUAUCAUGGUCUUUAAGGGAAACAACCAGGAAGCUUCCUUGAACAUAAAAGGCGUUGACUUCUUCCAAGUGUUUUGUUUUCAUUGAAAUUACUUUUACCAUGAUAGUUUUAUAAAUAACAGAAAAAGAAAUGAUUUAGCUAA